AUGAAGACCCAGCGUCCAGGACGGAAGAAGCCAGGGCAGGCAUUACCAUCUCAGGUACCUGGCCUGCGCGUGCUGUCGCUCCUUCCCGGCGCCACCGACUACGUGCACGCGCUGGGCGCAGCCAAAUUGCUGGUCGGCAGGACGCAUGAAUGUGAUUGGGCAGAGCUCCAGGGGCUGCCAAUCGCCACCUCAGACAAGCUGGGGGAGAUGUCGCCCGCGGAUAUGGAUGCAGCCAUGACGGCAUGUAGCGGCGCCAUGCGGACGCUUGGUUGGUACGGCGGCGGCGCCGCGCUGCUGGACCAGGGCUUAUCGCCGUACCGUACGGACGUGGAUCAGCUGAUAGCGUUGCGACCUGAAGUCAUCCUGACCCAAAUGCAGGGCUUGGGCACAGACCUCACCCCCGACCACUUUCUGGCUUCCUUGGAGCAGCUCCUGGGUUACAAACCUGUUAUCGUGCAUCUGGCGGCUCUGGAAAUGGAGGGCGUGUGGGUGGACAUGCGUGCUGUUUCGGAGACGCUGGGGCUGGGAGGAGAAGGGGAGGCCAAGAUUCUAGAGAUGCAGCGGCGGCUUAAGACAGCGUCGGACUCCGCCCGCGGUCGGCCCCGGGCCCGUGUGGUUGUGGUUCAGUGGCCUGACCCGCUGUUCGCUGCGGGUGGCUGGGUGCCCCAGCUGGCCCGACCGGAUGUGCUGGUCUUUGCGCUGUGCGGCUUUGGCCUAGCCGAAUCACGGCGCAUGGCGAUCGAAGCCCUAGAGCGCCUCCUGGCGGCGGCGGCGGCGUAUGGGAGCAGCGGCGCAGCGGCGGUGUUGGUGGAGGCGUUACACGGGGAGGCGCAGGAGUACGGCCACGAGGGCCGGCUGUGGCUGCAGUUACCAAGUGGGUCAGCAGGGGGAGCGGAAGCGACCCGUCAGGUUACACGCAAGUCGACACGUAAAAUCCACGAAAGGGUCAUUUACGGCAACGAACCAGCUGAUGCUCGACAGAGCAUCCGUACCAUUGACAGCGGUCCCGCUGGGUUUGUUGUGCACAGGUAUAAUGGCAGUGGAGCAGAUCGGCAAGCCGGUGGUGCCGCGGGCUACACCUAUGGCUACGGAUUUGGCCAGUGCUACUACCUGUCCCCGGACGAGGACCAGCGGCACGAGAGAGAGUACGGCGCAUACGAUGAUGACUGUGCGCAGCCCAGUGGAAGUCGCGGUCCUCUCCCAGGUCUGAGCCCGGGUGCGGCAUCCGAGCGCGGCGGCAUCCGUGGAGGAGGAACAGAAAGAGAUGAUGGCAGCUGCGGCGGCGAUAUUCGGCAAGACGAGUCUGAGGAUGCUAACAUCGGACCGCUGAGCCCUGCGUUCAGUUUGGGUCCGGAACUGAAUGAAGAUGAUGAUGCGGGAACGGUCGCGGCUUUCCUUAUCAAGAUGCGCCGCGGCGGCCGUAGAUCACGGAGCCGGCAGCAGCAGCGGCGCUCACCGCAGCGGCCGCAACGCGUCGAUGAUGGUCCAGACGGCGAGGAGCUUCGAAGCCGCCAAGGCAUGUCUCGCGGCGUCGUACCUGGGGACUGUUGCGACGAUUGUGAUACCGGAGAUGAGCUGCAUGAUAAGGCAGUUGAUGCAGCGGCGAAGCCUGGCACGCGGGAGGCCGGUGCUGGCGCGCUGCUCGUGGCCCCGUGGUCGUUGGGAGUGAAUGGUGCCAGGCAGUUUAGCGCAGUAUUGGCUUCGCUAGCAGCAGCAGGUCAGGUACGCGGCACAGGCCAGACCGAGGCUGGGGCGAAGAGUGGCGGGCCCUGGAUCAAGGUGGAGGAAGCGGCAAAGGCGGGGACGGCGACCACGGCUCGCAGUGUGUCGCCGUUUGCGGCUUUGGCACAUGGAACCGGCAGCAGCGGCGCCACGGCCGCAAUUAAGCCUGACGCUGAUGACACCUGGCGGCGAAAGCACGACGGCGAGGAGGCCUCCGAUCCGCAGAGUCCAGAAAGUGACAGGAAGUUGGUACCGUCACCGCCCUCGCCGCUGAACGCCGGUUCCGGGGACGCCUCGGAGACGCGCCAAGCCAAGGAGCGGGACCAUCUUGCCAAAACUGCGCCACCAGCUGGAGCGGGAGUCAGCGGCGGCAGUGGAGGUCCACCCGGCAGCCAGGCGGCGCUUUUGAGGUUGCUCACACAGCCAGAUGCAGCCCGGCUGUUGCUGGCCAUGGAUCCCCUGCAGCGCUUAAGGUUUUUCGCUGCCGCGGCUGUGCAAGGGCAGGCACGCCCUGUCGCCGCUGGUGGUGGCAACGACAGUGGCGGGGAACACGAGGGGGGCGGCGGCGCCUGUACCGACACCGAUAAGUACGGCAGUCGUCAUCUUCCCCUGGGACCCGACAAGGACAUGCUGGGCUCGGCUCGCCAGCGGCAUCAUCCUCAUCAGGACGCAGGGGAGGCGGCAGAGGCUUUACCCGGAAGUAGUGACCCAGAUCGCCAGCAGGGCCUUCGGCUCCGUCACGAGCAGCCGGCCUACGGAGCGAGAACACCGGGUGCGGCGCUUCCGGAAAAGCAUCACCGAGCACCCUUGUCCAGGGGGUAUGCAGCGGGCAGCGCUGAUGGCACAGAACGCGUGCAUACACGGGAGCAGCUGCAGGGUUGGGGCCCUGCAGGAGGCGGCGACAGCAGCGAUCCGGCGGCGGCCAUGGAAUUGGUUGCGGCGGCUGCUGGGGGCGGCGGCAGCAGCGGGCGGCACGCGUCAGGCUGUCCGCCGCCGCCUCCUCGGCCUCCUCGGAAUCACAAGGGCCCGCUGCUGUGCGCCAACUGCGGUACCACACAGACGCCGUUGUGGAGGAAGGACCGGGAGACCGGUUGCACAAUGUGCAACGCAUGCGGUAUUUACAAGCAGACACAUGGAUUUGAUCGGCCGGUUGGCGGCCGCAACCAGCUUCCGCAGCCAGUUUCCAAGCGCUGUGCCGCCCUGCGGACCAUGCCAAUGCGCGGCAGCGCCGCGGGCGAACCACACGUCACUGGGCGUGCCUCAAGCUCGCAUGUCGAGCCCGCCAUCGGCGCCGUCGCUGCAUCCUUGGCUACUGGCGGUGCGGAUUCCUCUCUCUGCGCGCCUGCGCCGCAGCCGCCGCAGCCCGCAGUGGUAACCUCCGCCAUGCCAUGGGGAGUUUCGCCCUCUGCAAGUACCACCGCUACCAACACGACCGCCGCUGCUACCGCCACAGCCGUCGCCCGCAAGUGCACAAGCACGGACGGCGAGGACCGCUGCAUAACCACCAGUGUUACGGGCAGGUCGGAAGCCGUCAGCGCUGUUGGCGGUGCAGCCGGAUGGCAACACCAGCAGCAAGAGCAGCCGUGCAGUGUCAAGCGGGAAAGUGGUUCGGCGACUGUCGGCCUGGAGUCUCAGCAACUGCGAGCCGACUCGGAUCAAGGUGACAAGACGGAAGGGGGCCAAGCGAUGACAGCAGCUUGUCACGGUGGUAGUGCCGUGGGGGCGCUUGAACCUUCGGUGCAGUCAGGUCCGUGGCGACCGGUUUCAGAGCUGAAGCCCCCGGGAGAAUCUGAUUCUCAUCACCAGACUUCUGUCCCAUCGCCGCAGACAUCAGGUCGUGGAGCGUCGCCGUCGCCAUCGCCCCAGCAGGUGUCUGUGGGAGCUGUGGAUGAUGAAGCUGCUGGAGGGGAUGCUGCGGAGCCACAUCAGCGUUGUGCGUGGCGCGACGGAGCGCGUUGCAGUGCCUCCCUACAACGGCCCUCGUAUGAGAGGGAAAGCCUAGAAAGAAGAGGGCUGGCGGACGAGGCUGGCGACCACGCACCGGGUAGUGAUGGCGCAAGCGAUGGUGCUCCCCUGGCCCAGGAUUUAGGCCCCCGCACGGCUGGCGGCCGUGCCAUCUCGCCUCCGCCCAGCACCGGACGCGGUGGGUCUGGAGACAGGCCUGCUGGCAGCAACAGCAGCAAUAACAGCAGCAGCGGUGGUGCAGCGCCUUCCAGUGAUAUGGCUAUCGGCGAGCAUUUGGAUGCUGUGGAUGCGGUGGCAGGUGUUGCAAAGGUCCUAGAGUCAAAUCACUCUUCAGUCACGUUAGAAGCGAUGGUUGCAGACGAGGCCGUCUUCCGCAGUCGCAUUCCUAAAACCCCACAGCGACUGCAGCUGAAGAAGCGGCAGCGGGUGCAGCCACCGCACGCGGACUGGGAAGAGGCCGAGGGUUGCAAAGGAGGCGACGAGAGACAGUCGCAGCAUCCAAGACUAUGUGCGUCCUCGCCGGCGCUCGCGCGUUACUUUGGCGGUGACGCAGAAGGGGCUGGUGGAGUCGGCAGCCGAGAUACGUUGUUUAUGGAAAAAUUGGCGCAGCAAGCGGCAUGGCUUGCGCAGAUCGCUGCCGUAGGUGGUCAUGACGGCGAGGAUGGUCCGCUUGGAGGUGGCGGUGGGCCGUUCCAGCAGCGGCAACAUCAUGAAGAUGAGCUGGACCGGCAGCGUCAGCUGCUCCUGCUUCUGCGACGGGACUGGAAUCUCAAGCGGGGCCGAGAUCAGGUGGAUUGCCUAAGCCAACAGCAGCAGGACCGCUCUCAGCAGCAGGUGCCUGUCGUAAGCCAGUCGACGUUGCUGCAGAGGCGUAUAUCGUCCGCGGAGGUAAGAGCCGCAGGUCUGGCAGUGGGAGCAGAAGCUGCACCGUCGCCGUCUGCAGCGGUCGCAGGUCCUUUGCAAAAUCAGGAGCAGCAACAGAAGCAACAGCGCCCGUCAAAUCAACAGCGGGAGUUUUCACCGCCAUCAUCAUCGCCCGCUCCCUCGGGCCCCAGCCGGCGGCUGACAGCACAAGAGCAACAAGACUCCCACCGGGGUCCGUCUGAGCAACAGCUCGAGCGCGCAGCGGGCGCCAUGCGGCAGGCCGCUCCAACACAGUCAUCGCUGCACGUUCAUGUGCCGCUGACUCAGCAGCAGCAGCCUCUCCAGUCGCGUGUCACAGACAACACACCGCACCUGCGCGUUCAUGACUAUAAACCCCGCCAUCACACACAUCCAUUCCCGGCACAUAAUUCGCAACCGCCGCGGCAGCAUCAUCAGCAGGAGGAACACCCGCCGGCGCGCCUACGGCCCACUACUGUUAUUGUGUCGGGCUCAGGCACCCAGCAGCCACAAUGUGUGCGGAUCCACGCCAAGCCAGUGCCCGUCCACCAGUUACAGCAGCUGCAACACCUUCGGGCAGCGGGCGUAUCGCUAGGGCACCUCGUAGUUGGACAGCAGCAGCAACAGCCUGCGCCACAGGAGCAGGACCCGUCUCGUAGCGGCCCGCCGCCACCACAGUCAAAGCAGCCGCAUCUCUACACGCACCGGCAGUUUCCUUAUGUCCACCACAACCAGCAACAGAAACAGCGCAACGGGAUAUCUUCAGCGCAACCUUCAACACAAUCGCAGGAAGCCGAGCCCCGGCAGCAGCACCAGCCUCGCUGGCAAGUGCAGGUACGCCAUGGCCCGGAGCAGCACGAGCAGUUGGGUCAUCCGACGGCUGUUGCGGCUGCAUCUUUCUUUGGGUCCCCGGGGCCCUAUCCUGAGGCCUUGUCUGGCGUUGCUGCGGCGCAGCGGCCCCAGCGGGCCUCAUCAAUUUCUCAUCCGGCUGUGGUGCCGUUGCGAGUUGUAAGUCCAUCGGCUGUUGUGGCGACCGAGCAGCUGGCUAAGUCAAUCCCAACGCUGGCUUGGAUUUAAAAAAAGUAUAGGAUUUCUUAUGUGUGAGUGGGGCGAAUUCACGUAGUAUGUAUUGGCCUUGCGAUUGCCUGUCACCAUUAUUAGCAACUUCUGCUGCACGCAUCCCAUUAAUAAUGGUCAUUUUCUUAUCGUAAGGAAGCAGGCUGCGGGCAGACGGCCGACGGGGGCCCCAGAUGGACGGGCUGCUGCUGCUUCCACGGCUGUGGUAUGGCAACGAUGACGGGUUGGCAAGUGCGAUUGGUGAUUGGGACUUGUGGGUAAUUUAGUUUGCGCUGUGUCACAAGAUAGCAGAUGGCGUCUUGCGCGGAUUGGCACACUAAUAGGAAACAUUAGUAUGGCUUGGACUACCGAUAGGUCCCACCCGAGGAUUGUUCGGAGGCGGCGGUGCACUACUACCCUUCCUCAGGUCGUUCUCGUGCGCGCCGAGGUUUUGUACAUUUAGUGUGCAUGGAUGAGUAGUAUGCUCCUCGCUCCGCUUCAAAAUAAUUUUUUUAGGUGGUGUUGUGAAAUUGUACAUAUUUGGACCGGCUGCAUUUC